AUGAGCCGCGCGCGUGGGGCGCUGUGCCGGGCCUGCCUCGCGCUGGCCGCGGCCCUGGCCGCGCUGCUGUUACUGCCGCUGCCGCUGCCCCGCGCGCCCGCCCCGGCCCGGACCCCUGCCCCGGCUCCGCGCGCGCCCCCAUCCCGGCCCGCCGCCCCCAGCCUGCGGCCCGACGACGUCUUCAUCGCCGUCAAGACCACCCGGAAGAACCACGGGCCGCGCCUGCGGCUGUUGCUGCGCACCUGGAUCUCCCGAGCCCGCCGGCAGACGUUUAUCUUCACCGACGGGGACGACCCUGAGCUCGAGCUCCAGGGCGGCCGUGUCAUCAACACCAACUGCUCGGCCGUGCGCACCCGUCAGGCCCUCUGCUGCAAGAUGUCCGUGGAGUACGACAAGUUCAUUGAGUCCGGUCGCAAGUGGUUCUGCCACGUGGAUGAUGACAAUUAUGUGAACCCCAGGAGCCUCCUGCACCUGCUCUCCAGCUUCUCACCCAGCCAGGACGUCUACCUGGGGCGGCCCAGCCUGGACCACCCCAUCGAGGCCACCGAGAGGGUCCAGGGUGGCAGAACUGUGACCACGGUCAAGUUCUGGUUUGCUACUGGUGGGGCCGGGUUCUGCCUCAGCAGAGGCCUUGCCCUCAAGAUGAGCCCAUGGGCCAGCCUGGGCAGCUUCAUGAGCACAGCUGAGCAGGUGCGGCUGCCGGAUGACUGCACAGUGGGCUACAUCGUGGAGGGGCUCCUGGGCGCCCGCCUGCUGCACAGCCCCCUCUUCCACUCUCACCUGGAGAACCUGCAGAGGCUGCCGCCGGACACCCUGCUCCAGCAGGUUACUUUGAGCUAUGGGGGUCCUGAGAACCCACAUAACGUGGUGAAUGUGGCUGGAGGCUUCAGCCUGCAUCAGGACCCCACACGGUUUAAGUCUAUCCACUGCCUUCUCUACCCAGACACGGACUGGUGUCCCAGGCAGAAGCAGGGCGCCCCGACCUCUCGGUGACACCAACCACCCCUGACCCAGGGCUGCCUGGCUCUGUCCCAGGUGCGGGGAGCCAGAGCCCCCUGUGGCCUCAGUGGGCUCCCUCAGGUGCCAUGGCCACACCAGUGAGAUGCAGGCACCUGGCAGACCCUCUGGCUAGCCUGCAGCCCCCCUCUCCCAGCCCCUGGUGGGCUGCGAUGAUGGGUGUUUUGGGAGAACGAAGACAGCCAGGCUGAUGGCCGGGGCCGCAGUGCCCCUCUCCCCGACCCAGCCACAGGGUUGAUCCCACGGGAACAGGCUUCCACCCCAGCACUUGAGCACCUGGGAAGGAGCUGCCAUCCAGGCUCCAUUACCUAUUGCUGAAGGCGGGUGCUAGGCUGGCUAGGUGCCGAGGAGCAGGCUCCAGGCCAAGGUCCUGGCCCAGCCACGGCCGUUGCAAGGGCUUAGCCUGGCAGGCUUUGUGGGGGGAUGCCGCCCUCUCUGCCGCAGGCUGGGUGCACGGCAGGGCGCCACAGUAGGACUCAGGCCCGAGAAGGUCAUGCUCUCGGCCAGAACUUUGCUCUCAGUUCAGGCACCUCAUUCGGAGGCCUCUUGACUGGGACCACAGAGAUGUUUUCUCCGCUCUGACUUGUGGCUCAGGGCUACUUUCUGGGUCGUGCUCCUGCCCCACUGUGCCUGGGCCCAUAAACAACAGGAGCCUUUUGUUCCGCUGACCUGCCCAUCCCAGCAGACCCACCUCCCCGCCUGGUGCCUUCCAUGGAGGGAAAUGGGACAGGGGCUGUCAUCUCCCCUCUGCCUCCUGCUUUGCUGUUGCCGAGCACGAGUAAAGGCUCUGUUCUUACUCCACAUGGCUCCUGUCUUAGUCACCCACCAGCCCAGCUCUCCUCGGGUCCCUGCCGUGUCCCCCUUCUACCCCAGGAAGGCUCUGUCCCAGGCAGGGCUAUAUCGUUGCUGUCCUGCCCACCCAGCCUUGAACCCACCAGACUCUUCUUUGGAAGCCAAAAUCUCCAGCAGAGGUGGUGUGCGAGGGUCCUGCCAGGAGGGAUGGACACUGGAUGCUGCCCUGAGAGGCCACCUUCCUGAGCAUCGUGCUUGCCUCCUCCCGUGUGUUGUGUGGAGCCAGGUGCACGUGGGUGUGUAUGAGGGUGGGUGUGCAUGGGUGUGUACACGAGGCUGAGCAGACACAUUGAGAGCAGGUGUGUACAUGCAUAUAGGUGAGUAUCCACCCGUGUGUGCAUCUGUGUGCAUCAGUGGGUGUGUGCGUGGCAGUGUCUGCGUGUGUGGGUGUGUGCACUCAUGCAUGGGUGUGUGGAGGGCAGAGAGGAGGCACCCACAUAACCCGCGUGGAGUUUGCUGGUUUCUGUCUCAUUUGUGCUCAGCCUGGAGUAGAAGGCACCCUGAGGAGACUUGAGGUUAAUCAUGACUGGGUGCUCAGCCAACAGCCCAGGCCCCUGGCUUUGUCCACUGCAGGCUCUGGGCUGGGAGAGGAAUUUUGGGGCUCAGAACAAGUGUCGGGUGAAUUUCAGCAAGUCUGAAACCUGCAUUUCGACAGAAAUGAGAGAAAAGCGAAUUCUUGAAAGUUGCUGCAGAAUUAUAGACGCCCCAAGAGAAGGCAUCCCCUGCGUCUCCUGUGUCCGCGGUGGGCGUCUGCCCGUGUGGUCUCGGGGCCUCACGCUGGCUCUCCCGGAUGCAAGGUCUGGGUGUUGCGCCUUCCUCUGACCUCAUGUGGAUCUCCCUCCCUCCCAGGCCUGUGCCACACGGGCCCGGUGUCCUUGGAGUGUGGGGAACAUGGACUAGAGUGCAUUCACGCCCCAGAAAGGGUGUCUAGGGACAAAGUGUCCCCAGUGGGUUGUUUCCAGGGCGUGAGGCUCUAGCAAAUCUUGGUGGACACGCGCUUUCCGGAAGAGUCCAGCUUGCAGCUCCUCUGAGAAAAUAAUGUAUCCAUUUUACCUCACCUCUGUCAACACUAGUCUUAAAACCUAAAGCAUUUUAUUGUUGUCUAACUGAAA